AUGGGGGUCACAGGCACGGCUUCCUGUCUGGGGGCAGCCUUUAAGGUUGUCACGCCGCAUUCCCUGCAUGUGUGCCCCGAGGGGCAGAAUGUCACCCUCACCUGCAGGAUCUUGGGCCCUGUAUCCAAGGGACACGAUGUGACCUUCUACAAGACAUGGUACCUCAGCUCACGAGGUGAGGUACAGGCCUGCUUGGAGCACCAGCCCAUCCGCAACCUCACCAAUUUACAGUACUUGCACCAUUCGACCCAUCAGACCAUCAACACCAGCCAGGACCUGGCCCAUCAACAUGGGCUGGAGUUGACCUCGGACCACCACGGCAACUUCUCCCUCACAGUGCACAAGCUAAUGCCCGAGGACAGUGGCCUCUACUGCUGCCUUGUGGUGGAGCUCCGGCACCAUCACACGGUGCUCAGGGUCCAUGGGGCCAUAGAGUUGCAGGUGCAGUCAGGCAAAGACACACCAUUCAAAUGCACCGCGUAUCCACCCUCCCUUGAGGAGAGUGAAAACAUCACGGCUGCAGCUCUGGCCACCGGGGCCUGCAUCGUGGGCAUCCUCUGCCUCCCCCUCAUCCUGCUCCUUGUCUACAAGCAAAGGCAGGCUGCCUCCAACCGCCGUGCCCAGGAGCUGGUGCGGAUGGACAGCAACACUCAAGGAAUUGAAAACCCUGGCUUUGAGACGUCUCCAUCUGUUCAGGGGAGACCGGAGGCCAAACCCAGGCCCCCCCUAUCAUAUGUGGCACAGAGGCAGCCCUCUGAGUCAGGACGGCACCUGCUCUCCGAACCCAACACACCUCUGUCUCCUCCAGGGCCCGGGGAUGUCUUCUUCCCAUCCCUGGAUCCUGUCCCUGACUCUCCAAACUUUGAGGCUGUCUAG